AUGAGCGCGCUCGAGGGGGGAUCGCAAUACACAUGCGGGGGAAUGUGGUUGGGCCAACGAAGCUUAAAAAAGGUGAACGUGUACAAGCGCUUGCCAUACCUUUACCUGGGCAUGUUUUUUAUCGGGGGGCUACUGGAGGUGGUUUUCUGUUCCACCAAUUUUUAUCAAAUAUAUAACAUCGGCGAGAGUGAAAAAAAAUCGGAUGCAGACGUAUCGGAACUCAUGAAGAGAUACGAGCUCAGACAGAAGAUUAAAGAAAGCGAGAGUGAAAAAAAAUCGGAUGCAGACGUAUCGGAACUCAUGAAGAGAUACGAGCUCAGACAGAAGAUUAAAGAAAAGGCCACUCAAAUUUCGGAAGAAUAA